CAUGUAUGUGAACGUUCUGCCUGCUUGUGUCUGUGUACCACAUGCCUGCCCCGUGCUUGUAGAGGAGUUAAAGGUCGUUGUAAGCCUUUUUGUGGGUGUUAGGAACUAAACUUGGAUCUUUGACAAGAGCAGUGCUCUUAAUUGUUGAGCCAUCUCUCCAGCCCCCUCGCAAAUCUUAAUACAAGUUAACAAAGACUUUCUUGUUUGUUUUUUUCUAGAAAUACACUUUUAUUUUUUGAGACAGGAUCUCACUGCAGUCUUGGCUGGCCUGGAGCUCACUGUGUAGACCAGUGUAGCCUUGAAUUCACAGAAAGCCACCUUCCUCUACUUCCUGAGUGCUGUUACUAAAGAUGUGCACCAUCGUGCCCAGCCAAGAUUAAAAUGAAUGAAAAUAAACCUGAUGACUCACAAAAUCUUGCUUGUAUUUUCUGCCGAAAAAGUGAUGACUGUCCCAAUAAAUACGGAGAAAAGAAAACUUACGAGAAAUGGAAAUUCAGUGUCCAUUACUACUGUUUGCUAAUGUCAAGUGGAAUUUGGCAGAGAGGUAAAGAAGAAGAAGGAGUUUAUGGCUUCCUAGUAGAAGACAUCAAGAAGGAAGUCCAUAGAGCUUCUAAACUGAAGUGUGCAGUUUGCAAAAAAAAUGGUGCUUCAAUUGGAUGUGUUGUGCCCAGAUGUAAACGAAGUUACCACUUUCCCUGUGGACUUCAGAACGAAUGUAUUUUCCAGUUCACUGACAAUUUUGCGUCAUUUUGCUGGAAACAUCGGCCAGUUCAAGCAAUGACAUCCAAUAUGUAUAGAGACUCUUUACCUUGUACCAUCUGUUUGGAGUUCAUUGAUCCUAUUCCUACUUACAGUGUCCUGCGAAGCCCCUGUUGUAAGAAUGCUUGGUUUCACAGAGACUGCUUACAGGUUCAAGCAUUAAGUGCAGGAGUGUUUUUCUUUAGGUGUACACUAUGCAAUAAUACCGACAUCUUUCAGAAAGAGAUGUUGAGAAUGGGAAUUCAUAUUCCUGAAAAAGAUGCAUCCUGGGAAUUAGAAGAAAAUGCCUAUGAAGAUCUGUUACAGAGCCAUAACCGCUGUGAUGUCCGAAGAUGUCAUUGCAAAAAGGGACGAGACUAUAAUGAACCUAAUAGCAAAUGGGAAGUAAAGCGCUGUCAGUGUUGUGGGUCUAGCGGAACACAUGUGGCCUGCUCCUCGCUGCAGUUACUGGAACAAAACUGGGAGUGUUUGGACUGUAGAAGAAUCAGCUACGGUGCAGAUUUCCGAAAGGCCCCCAAACACCCAUUAGUCAACUCUACUAAUGUGACAGUUACUGAUUGCCUGUUGGAAGAGCCGUCAUCUAAGCUCCCCAGACAGUCAGCUGGAACCCAUCAUAAAGAAUUACAGAGGCAAGGCAGCAAGUUUAAGAGAGACAUUUCAACAAUAUUGGUAGAGUUAGGAUUCCAAAUUAAAAAGAAAACUAAGAGAUUAUGGAUCAACAAAGCCAAUGUGUGGAGGAGUGCCUUGGAGCAGUUCCAGGGUCAGAAGUUUAACCCUGCAUACACCAUUGAAGUAGUAUACAUUGAUGAAAACGAAAAAUUUAGAAGAGAACAUCCUGUAUCAAAGCAGGAAUUUCUGAGUCACUUAAUGGAACAUCUUGAGAAUUCAUCUUUGUUUGAAGGGUCUUUGUCAAAGAACUUGUCUCUCAAUUCUCAAGCUCUGAAAGAGAACCUUUACUAUGAAGCUGGCAAAAUGCUUGCCAUUUCCUUAGUUCAUGGUGGUCCUUCUCCUGGUUUCUUUUCUGAGACUUUGUUCAACUGUCUUGUUUAUGGACCAGAAAAUACCGUGCCAGUUUUAGAUGAUGUUUCAGACUUUGAAGUAACACAGAUUAUAUUCAAGAUAAAUGCUGCAGCUGAUAUGAACAGCUUAAAGUCAGCAAUAAACGAAUGCUCUAGCUACCUAGAGAAUAUUGGAUGCUUAAGACUUAUAACAACAUUAAGUGAUAAACACGUGUUGGUAAAAGACAUCCUUUUCUACCAUGUUAUUAAGAGAGUCCAAGAACCCUUGAAGAGUUUUAAGCAGGGUCUGAAAAUACUUGGUGUUUUAGAGAAGAUUCAAGCUUACCCAGACGUAUUUCAUAAAAUUCUCUGUUGUAAACCUGAGAAUCUCUCUGCAAAAACCCUUAGUGAUCUUUUCACAGUCCGUGGAUUACCCAAUGGACAGACCUUGAGGUUCUGGAACAGUUACUUACAGGCUGUAGAGGAUGGCAAAUCUACAACUACAAUGAAAGACAUUCUUAUUUUUGCAACCGGCUGUAGUUCCGUUCCACCUGCUGGGUUUAAGCCCCUUCCUUCAAUUGAAUGUCUCCACGUGGAUUUUCCUGUUGGAAACAAAUGUGAUCACUGCUUAGCUCUGCCGAUCACCAACACAUUUCAAGAGUUUCAAGAAAGUAUGGAUUUUGCCAUAAGAGACACUCUAAGACUAGAAAAGGAAGAAGGGUCUCGCUCACUACCGUGGACAUAAAUGAAGAGAUGCUUUUUUAAAAGCUGCUAUUGAUAAAGUUAUUGCUAUUAAUCAUGGCUUUUGAACAUUCUGGCCAGCUUCCUGGCUCACUAAAGUUUAUGACUCUCUUAUAAAGGGAUGUUUUGGCUUCUGAACCACUGAAGGUUCGGUCAAGACAUUCUAGUAUCCAGUGAUAGCUUCCUAUGACUAUGCUUUCUUUAUAACUUCAAUAUGAAUCUCUUUCGAAUGGUUGUGCAAACUAUUCUGCUGUACAGGUGCUCGGCUAUAUUAGCAUGACAUAAGAAAAACCUGUUCCCUUGCUUUUUCAAUUAGGAAUCACCUUCAUAGAGUUUUUUUUUUUCUUUUUUUGUAUGUUUCGUUUGUCUUAUGUUGUUUUUCUCUAUGUUGUCUGAUUUUCCUGGAAUUAAUUAUGUAGAAAGGCUGUCAUAUUUCUAUAUUUUAAAGCAUUAAGUAGAAAAGUUAGAAAGUCAUCUCAUAAAUCAGAGCUAUAGAUAUGCUUUUCUAGGGUUUAAGUUUUAAAUGUUUUUGUAUUUUGUGAACAAUACAACAAAUAAGGACUCAUUGAAGGUCCUAUAUAAGAAGCAGAGCUAGACAAAUAACUCUGGAGUCUAUUGGUGCUCCGUAGGCUUACAAGCACUGCUGCUGGCUCUUCAGUUGUACUUCUGAGUACGUUAGGAUGUACAUCUCAUUCUGUAUGUCUCUUGACUGUCAGGUUUGGCUAGAUUGCAGCUAUUUAUUAUCAAGACUGUCCUAUGACUGGUAAGAUAUCACCACAGCAUUCUGUAGUUAACCUUUGCUUUCAAAAGAUACAUUGUAUAAGCAAUGAAUAAAUUAUAAUUUAAAACUACAAAUAGUUAAAAAAAAACACUCUAAUUUUGCCACAUAGAUAUAAGUAAUGUAUUUUGUAUAUUCUUUAUAAACUAUUUAUUUUUCAAUCUUUUAUUGCUUUGUGGUAGGGUCUGUCUAUAGAGCCCCACCUGUUAUAAAUUUGCAAUCCUCAUGCCUUAGUCACUUGGGUGUUGGGGUCAUGAUGUACACCAAUGUCCCCAGCCGUGGUUAUCUUUUGAUUGUAUGAAUCUGCCACGAGCAACAGGAAAUCAUGUUCUUAAUCAGUUCAAGGUGUAGAUAGUCUCUAGCAAGGUAUCAUGGCACAUACUUGUAAUCCAUGCUCGGGGGGGGGGGGGGCUGAGGCAGGAGGAGCAGGAGUGAGAGCAAGGUCAAGACCAUUCUUGGCUACAGGAGACCCUGCCUUGACAAACAACUAAGCAGAGGAGCCCCUCAUAGUACCACCUUUAUAUCUGUGGCUUUGCAAAUCUAGUGCCUGAAUCCAUUAGCGAGGAUAGGGAAGACAAAGCCCCAAGUUUCAGUCCGAAAAAUCAUGGGAGGUU